GGUCGUUGGUCGAGUUAAUUUUGUCAAUAGUUUACAUUUCGCGAUUGCCUGUAGUGUUUCAUUUCCUUAAACCUCUAUAUUUUCCCAAACUGUUUCCGACUCGAACUAGUAUAUUUAAACGAGUCGUGAAUUGCAAAAUACUUUGCGCAAAUACCUUUAUUACCAGCUUCACUUAGGGUUUAAAAAAGAUGCUUAUUUCAUUUUUAUCAUAUUAUAUAGUUUUGAAUUUUUAUGAGGUGUACCAAUCUAUUUUGGUGUCUGGCAGAUUUUAAUAAAAUUUACGCUUUAGCUAAACAUUGGCCACCGUUAUCACAAAAAGAAACUUUCAUGGAGAUACCAAUGACUGUCAGUAAUAAAAAUAAACUCCUGAUUUUCACUUCGUUGUAUUUCAGACCAACCCGAUAUUUCUGUCAACAGCUCAUUGACGACUCAUAGUCAUUGCUGGGUAAAAUUCGUAAAAAGAUAGGUCAUAAAAAUCAUUUUCCCUUUAAACUACAGACAAAAUAUCACACGUCACGAUGCGACUUCAUUUUCAGAUAGGAAAUUAUCGCACAAAUAUUGGACACCGAUAAGGAAUACGUGACUUCUCUAUAUCAACUCCCUUUCUUAAGAAGUAAUUAUUGAAAUUGUGAACACAAAAAGUUGAAAAAUUAAAGGAAAAGGAGAAAAUAAAAGUAUGAAUUUAAUUGUGCAAAUUAGUUUACCACAAAAUGCAGGAAUUGUUACUGAACAGAAGGGCAGAUUAGAGCAGAAACCAACAAAACCAACAUAAAUAAACAUAGAAUUUGAAUUUUUAACAAAUGCAUAGAUAGUAAAUUUAGAACGUUCUAAUACGGUUUGAGUAAAUCUUAGUUUUGUAAAAGUAACUAUAAAUUUGCAGAUGAUGACUUAAUUUUUCUUUUAGCUUUGCUUUGUACUCUGCAUAUAGGAAUGAUUUAGGAAACAUAUUCAUUUACAUCACCAAAUAAAUUUCACAAUUUAGGAGGUGAAUUAGGGAAUCAAUUACAGUUUGAGCGGCUUGCUUCAAAGAGAAAAGUGUCAAAUGUCUUUCGAAAUGAAACUAUUUUGAAUGGUAAAGAUACCGAAUUGUUUAAUUAAGACAGCUUACUCUAUUGUACUUUCAAAGCUCGGCUAAACUUGCUGCCGAGGACCAACGAUUUUAAUUAGCACCCUACUAGGAUCUACACUGAAACGACUAGUUCAAGAGACAAAAAAUUUUCGAACAUAGUUUUGCAAACACUUUCCUCAGCUGCAAAAGGACGGAACCCAAACGGUAAGCAUAAAGCGGUAUUCCCCUCAUUCUUCAAAAGGUGUAGAAUCAUGCAGAAGGUAAUGGGCGAUUAGCUUACUAUACAAGAGCAAAUAAGCCAGAGAUCUUUUCCUGUAAGUACUCGCGAGUGAUGCAUCUAAUCUAGAGUACCACACAAGGGGUUAAAUGAUUGCUUCAUAUUUUACUUUAGUCAGUCGACCAUUAUGACCCCCAAGGCUGUAAAAAGCAACUCAUUUUGAAUAAAUUUUGAUUCAAGUGGAUUUCUUAGUAAGUAAUAUUCACUUUGCAUAUAAAGAUCACCACAAUUAUAGCUUAGCCAUUGUAAUUUUGAAUAAUGCCAUCAGGCCUUAAAGUAAAGUAAAUAGGAAACUUUUCGAAAACCCUCAAGGCCGUUCCAAUUUACUUUACCUCCUUCUAAGAUAAAUAUUCCUAGAAAAGGUUUAUAGAUUCCAAAUUUGUCCCACUUGAAGCUCGAAACGCAUAGGGCAUGUUGUGCGCUGAGUCUUGAAAGGAGAGGCAAUGAUCGGUGAUCAUAAUUAUACUUUCAUAAAUUGAUAUUUACCAUUUCGCAAUACUUUCCACAAUGCGCUUCUAAUUGGUCAAGAGCUCGAAACUGCUAGCAUCUCUUUUUUCAUGAUGUCUUGUUGUUGUUCUCAACACAGUGAAAGAAAAUUUCAAAACAGCAGGGGAAUUAAAAACAUACAUGAUUAACAUGGAAAUGAAAAUCCCUCCGCCCAAUCAUGGCAGUGUGAUUCGCCCCUUUUUUUAUUGGUUUUUCCGUUUAAAUUGUCUAGUUCCCAACUCAUAAAUCCCUUUGGAAAGGAAGAAUUAUCACUAUCAAAAUGCUUUAUUUUGUAACAUAUUUGCUAUUAUUAUUUCUCGCUCAUUGGAGUUUCUCGUUUAAUUUGCUUCGAUUUCAAUUACGCGCAAAUCGAUUAGUUACGCAGAAUCUGCCCUCGGCGCUUUCACAGAGAUGCAAUGAAAACGUGCUCUCAGAAAAUCUCGAAAUAGACAGGAAAUCAGUUUAAUGUAUAUUAAUUUAGAGAUUUUAUUAGUCCAUGAAGUAAGGAAAUAUAAGUCACAUCUAAUUUGUUUCAUUACUUAGACAGAAAUGACUGACACGUAGGCUAUUUUUGUCGUUUAAUAUUUACUGCACUUUGCAAAAAAAUUACUGUGCCACGGACUUAGAUUUCUAUUAAAAUACAGUCUCUUUAUGAACAAAAGUUUCCAUUGGAUUUUUUCCAUUAAACUUCGAAAUUAUUUAUUUGAUUACUGGUUGAAAAAAACGAGGGUCUCUUUUUGGCUCAUGAACAAAAAAAAUCAAUCUUGAUGGCAAUUUCCCGGUAGAGUCAUUCGUUUAUAAAUGAGCCAUCUGGCUAAUAAAGUGAAAACUAACCUUCUAGCGAAUUUUCCUUAAAGGCAAGUCGAGACGAUAAUCAAAAGAAUAUAGUAUCAUAAUUACUCGUAUUUACUUCCUGGGAGAUAUGUCCUUGCACUGUUAUGUCGCUUUAAAAUGUGAAGAAUUUGCAGGUGACUUUGUUUCUUUUCAGCGGCAUCCUAGCCUGUUUUCGAUCCCCUGAGAGUCUAAAGCAAUGAAUAAUAUUCAAUAACGUUGCUGGAACUCUCUAUUCAAAAGUUUGAAACUCGUAAGUAAUUUCUUCAUGAACGUAGUGACGAUUUUAUUAGGUAUAUUAUUUACAGUGAGUGCAUAUGCAAAUAAGAGCGUAAUGUUUACGGUUUUUUCAUACAUUCCCGCAGCGAGCUUCGCACCGACCAAUACAGUAACAGCAGAAAAUCCCGCCAGCUUUAGGUGCCUGGUGCAUUUAGUUCAGAGCUUCCCCCAUCAGUCGGCCUAAUGUUCCGACUGUGUCAAAUCUAAAAUUAUAGUACUGCAUGGCUUAAAUGCGACCGCUUAGACUGAAUUUUUAGGGAAAUCAACUUCAAUACAGACUGAAGAAAUUUGGUGAGUGUUAUAAUAAUUUUCGGGGUGAAAUAUUCCCACAACGAAUGCUGCUAUUUUUCGCUGUAAAAUAUCGUUCCUUAUUUCAAACGGCACAGAAAGCCUAACGAAAUCAAGUUAAAUUGUCUAAAAAGAGCGCGAGCCGAGCCCUAGAGGCUCGUUUAAACAGGAACCAGCUUUCGCACACAGUGGAAACUUUUUUGAAGUUUAAUUGAACACUUUUUGCCGUUUCGAAGGCGGCAUAACGCAUAAUUAUUACUUAAUGCCUUUAAUGUUCAACUUUGAAUCGUUCCUCCCCGCCAGAGCGUGGUGAGAAUCUCAAGUCAAAACCAGCACGACCCACAAUAAGUACAUGACAUUCUCACGUAGUUUGAAGUCUUACUGCACGAGAGCAGAAUCCCCUUAAAUUGUUUUUGUGAUGUUUGACUUAAAGCGACCUUACGUUUCCAAUGGAAUCGCCGAGCUAAUUUUCACCUCCUUUAACAUCUUGUUAAUGAUUAGAAUUAUUAUUUCUUGACGACUUGAUUUCUCUUGAGCUUUCGUAUCAAUACCAAUGGACAGAAAGGCGUACAGAACACUAGAAAGUUUAUCUGUCAGUUAUUCGUACCUUUAAGAUACAAUUGUCGCGGUUUUCACAAAAAUACCGCACUUAUAUCUUUCAAAAAUAGCUUGAUUUUCCUCGGUGAGUUAUAAUUAUAGAGGAAAAUAUUGAGAUAGAAUUUCCUGAAAUUUUCUGGGAUGUCAACGAGUGUUUGAAGUCGUAAUAGUCUCAACCGUUGAAGGUUAAAUGUAAUAAAAUAUUGAAAAAUUGUAUUUCUUUCAUAAUUUGACCGAAAAUGUUUAUGAAGGAAGAGAAAAAAUUAUUUUGUAUACAGACACAUUGAAUAAGCCCUUUCCUAUGUAUAAUUAAUGUGGAUUUUGUUGUAAACAAAAAGUAAUCUAGGUCUUUGUAUUAGUCGCAAAUUGAUGCAGCGUUCAGGUCAGAAGAGAAUGUUUUUCAUUGGCGGCACAGUUAUUUUUUAAUAAAACUAUUAUUUGUUACUUUAUAAAACUUACGGUCCUCGUUUUAUCAUGGUUUAAAUGUUGAUAAAUUUCACACCCCUUCAAAUUGAAGACACGGUAACAAGCUGAUUGCAAUGAAAACAAAUCCGGUGAAGUGUGAUGGAAACGCUUGCGCUAUUAGUUCAGAGCCACAGGUGAAAAUCAUUGUUAAGUCGUGCUAUUGUCUAAGGCCGCGAACUGAUUCAAAAGAUGUGAAAAUACUCAAUUUGGUAAAUUUUCGGAUUAUCGACGGGAUCAUUUUAGAUUGCAACACUGAAAUGCUUUUAAGAGAUCGAAAAUUGAGUAAAAAAAGGCUCUUUGUCUAGAUCUACAAGUCUUAGUAUCAAGAAAUGCCAUUAGCUCGACUUUAAGACUUAAAGGAAAUAUUUUUUUCUUUUUUAUCUAGUCAAUCAUAAUUUCUAUAGCAAGGGAAUUUAAAAUUGUGUAACCAUAUUGACUGUAAGGUGAGCCUUUUGAGGCAAAACAAUACAUACCUCAUCCAUAUUUCAUGAAAAUCACUUUCGACGAAAAUGGGUUCUUUGCACUGAACUCUAUUUGAAUUACUUGAAUCUCAUAAGUCGUAUUUUUCAUUAUCGAGUAUUUCUUGCUUUUAUUCGGUGUAAUGAAGCUUUGUGUAAAAUCCUAUUACCACAUUUGAUUAACCAAGUGUUUUUUAGUUCCUGUUCCAAAAUUGAUCAGCGUGCUCAAUAAACAGAAUCAUAAGAUUCUCAGUAUUACUUCCAUGUAUUGAUCAGUCAUCAAAAUAUCGAAUAUCGUUACGAAACAAAAACAUGCUGUUAAGAAGAUGUAAAUCUUUAAUAUAGCUAGAAGAUUUGAAUUCAAACCACCAUUAAUCCUCCAACUUAUAAGUUUUUUUUUCAUUUAUUAGGAAUUGUCAUCUUUUUUCUCACAUUCCAAACUGUCUAGCCCAAAUUUAAAGAAAAAAUUACUAAUCCCUUUCACGUUGUUUACUAGAGUAUUUUAACGAAAUAUUUACCCCCUCGAUUAAGAAAUUUGAAUAUCUUAUCUUAAGCUUACGCAAAUUUCUUUUUCUCGAUUGUGAUUGCAGGUGAUUUAUUUUUUUUACACUCUCGUUAUUUCGCAAUAGCCUCAAAUUGCUUUAACUUCCUUUCUUUUACUGAACUUGGGCAAUUAUAAGUUUGAUCUCUAUACUAAUCGGUUUGUCAAAUCUUACUAAGACUUUAAGCUGCGGUCGGCUGUUUUUGUGGUUUUCCGUAGUUUUGUUUACAAGCUAAGGAAAACUUAAAGUCCUCUUUUCUGAUUAUGUUAAGUUCGCUCCUCCCCGAAUAGUAGUGGCUUAAGAGCCUCAGAAAGUAGUAGAGAAAUUAUGGAGACAUAUUGAAGUAGGCGUUUAAAAAAGUUGUUGGCUGAUCUUUAAAAUUCUUCACCCAUCAGUGGGCCGGAAAUAAUUCAAAAUUGACGUGGUAUGUACUGAAUUUUUUCUGUUCAAAAAAAAUCCUUGUUAGAUAUGUUGCAUAAAACUUCGCAGACGCCUUCCUCCUUUUGAGCAUAAGAAACGAGCGAACUGGUAUUUGUAGCUGUAGUAGCUGUGUAAGAGCGGAUUGCCUGGUUUUUUAAAGCGUACGGGUUUACUUUAGAAAAGAUAAAGUUUGUGUGUUUAGUCUGUGCAACAUUAGAAAUAGGCUGCCAAUUGUGUUGUUUAGUAAUCGCAACAGGGAAAUUGACAUGAUCGCGAAAAGUUUUCGAGUGUUUUCCGAAUUUUCCAGAUGGAUCAGUGUACUGAUAAAGCAAUGCAAAGGACGUUAGCGCUUGAAAAAUUUUAAACGAAAGUUGUAUGACAAAUCAGAGUGUGCGGAAUAACAGUAAUUUUUAUAUUUCACGCAUUUUAUGCCAUUUGGUAAAAGGCACUCAAGUACUGUAAAUCUCUAGCUUUAAAGUAAGAACCCGGAAGGAAAUCCUGAAUUGAUCGAGGGUGAUAGUAAGUCUUUAGCGGCAAAGAAACUAAUUUUUAAGUUAUUUUUAGUGUAUUUUCGUGGUUUAUUUGGUCAUUUUUAUCCAUUCUCUUUAGUAUUUAAAUCUCAUUGUAUGAGGGUAGGAUUCAUUUCAAAAUUGUUUUAUGGUUUUUUAAUUUAAGAACCCAGCGUUUGGAAUCAAACCUCCGCGCAAAUCUGGAACUUUUGUUCAAGAUUCUUCACAUUUUUAACAGUGAUUUCAUAAGAAGCUUAUUUAUUCUCCAGAACAUUUGAAAAGUCCUACCGUAAGGGGGGAACUUUCCAUCAUGUUUUAAGAUUUAGUUAUGGCCUUUGCAGGUUUUUUUGUAGUCAGAAGUACUUAUUUGCGUAAUUAAUGGAAACACUAUCCUUUCAUCAUUACAUUAACACAUUUUUAAAGUGUAAAACAUUUAAAAUUCUGCAUAAAAAGCUUGGAACGUGAGAAAAACUUGGAACUUGUCGGGCGAGUAUUCAUGGUUUAGAUUGAGGGAAAUGAUUAAACUCAGUUUAUCUCGAUGUAAUAUCAGUUUUCUGUCCUGUGGUUGUUGUUUUUUUUUCUUUUGGUGGGUUUUUUUCUUCACUAAAUGGUAAAAAUGUCGUUCUUGUUACCUCAAUGUCAAUUUAGAAAACCGACGCCAUUAUCUAAGAAAAAAGAUUUAAAUAACAUUAAUAUCGACGAGAAAGGGUGUUGUCAUCGCUAAAACCUGUGGCCAAAAAUGAAUGUCUACAAUUUAUAUUACUUUCUACCUUGAAAUUUAACAAAAGGAAGAUAUUGACAAAUGUUGAGGUCAGUUUUCCAUUCUGAAGUUUUGUCAUAUGGCAAUGCGAUUUUAACUGAAACAGCCGGGAAAUAUUAACUGCCGAGGCCGUUUUUGUUGAAGCCUUCGGCAUUACGUACUUUAGGCGAAAAUUCGCUCUAGACACAAGUUGAUGCAAAACAUAUGCUUAAAUACAUUAAUCAAAUUCCAGCACGAACAUAGGAUGCUGGAUUUGGCGCAAAUUUUCCUGUGGAACCGAUUAGCUUAAUCCUUUCGACCAGAGCACUGAAAUUCUUUUUCUUUUCAGUUGAUGUGAUAUUGCCAGAAUCCAAUUAUAACACUCGGCCAAAAAUUAUAUUCUAACUUCCCUCAUCGAAACACGCUGUGCAUUCGCUCGCCGACAAAGUUAUGCUCUGUCGAUCUUAUCUAAAACAACCGUAACUUUUCAAGAUAGGCUGAAGUUUCUAACAGCGAUCAAUGACAACUUAUUUAAAGACUGAGAAAUAGAUGGAAAUAGUGAGGAAAUUUGAGCAUUUUAAUCGAUUUUGCAGAUGCUGAGCUCGAGACCUUAAAAACUAACAGUCAGGAGCAUGAAAUAGAACGGAGUUUUAAGACCUGCGAAUAAACUUCGAUGGUGUCUUAGAAUUUCGACGAAAUGAUCAAAAUUAUUUCAAUCACUGAAAUUAAUUCUAUCAAAAUAUUUUGUGGUCUUUUCUAAGGUUGAUCAUCUAAUACAAUUCAAAGUAGCUAGGAUAUUUGAACCAAAUAUUUGCGAGGCCUACUCUAGAUAAGAGAUUUGAUGUCUUUAUAAUUGACUUCUGGAAAGGUUUAGUAUUUGUCAACAGCACUCGAAAGCUAUUGUGUACAGCUGGAAUAUUUGCAUACUUAAGGCUCGUGCAGCGUAUAUCGGGUGCGAUAAAGAAUUUAUAUUCGAAGGAAACAAAACUUGAUCGGGAGACCUCAGGCAAAAUCCUGUAGCCCUUCCUAAUAAAAACGUAAGCUUGAGUUGUGCUUUUAAUCAAUGUCGUAGUUGCUUUUCUCUUCAUUCGGUCCAUGUAUCGGUUGUUUGUUUGUUUUCCGUCUUGGCUAAACCGAACUCAGUCAAUCAUCGAUACAAAUGUUACCACUAGGCUGUUUUUAGGCAUGUCGCAUUUACGUCAUAUUAACUUCGACUUCUUUUAUUACCAGAUUACUUGAUGCUUGUUCUGCAAACAAAGCCCUCCUUUCAGGACUCCCGCAUGGAAGCUUCUUCUGAAAAAUCCAACUCCUCUCACUGAAUCCUUUUGCUUUUAAUCCGCAGAGCAUAUCACAAGCUUGGGUAAGACCUGCUGAAUCAUCAAGUAAAGCUAUCGACGUACCUUUUAAAGCGCAGCUAAUUUAUCAAGGUACAAUGUAAGUUGAAGUAGUUAUUUAUUUUUUUCCCGUAGGGACACUUCUGUAGAUUUACGUUUAUUUAUGUUGGCAUCAUUUUGAUCACGUAUGAGAUGUUAACAUCCUCAGGAAAGUGAAAUGUGCGCCACUCGAAAUAGCCAGAUAUGAAAUGCUUGUCAAUUGUACUCAUCGACUUUGAGAAAGCCGUCAAUUUUUACAGAGUGGAUGAUUUGGAACAAUUAUCUGUCAAUCUAGUACUAAGUUUUCUACUCAACCGCCCCAAAACCUGCGACUUUGAUCUCAUAGUUCAUUAACUAUAAAUUAUCGAGGAUUGAGUGGGUCCUUUCGAGUGUAGCAGAAAAAUGAUAUGAUCUCUUUAAGAAAGCGGUAGGUUACAGAUUCGAAAUGUAUUUUCAACCGGCUAGUGAAUCUUCGUAGACAUUGACGUCAUCCUUCGUCAAAGCUUAACAAUAUUGGCGUGGCUGUUGAUAUGUGAACUUCCUUUUUUUCCGCUCUGUCUCUUGUAGAAUAAUAGUUAUAGAGAUGUCUUUUCAUCUGCCUAAAAUGCGAGGUAUUAUUCCUAUCUAAUAAAAUGCGGCGAAAGUUGACCUUAAUCCCUUAGUCUCCAUACAACCUGAACAAGGCUCUUUUAUAUAAUGAUCUGACGUCCAAGUGGGUCAAAAUAACAGUUCAAUUAAUUCUUAGAAACUAUACCACGGGCUCCUUAAAUUUUGAGGAGAAUGCCUCACCGAAAAUAACCCGUGACUUUUCCUUUCUUCUGCCGACGAUAAGUGCAAAUGUAAAACAGACAGUCUGAGAAAAAUAAUCGCACAGCAUGAAGUCAAACCUCCCAGGUCUCCUAGUACACAGUUUUAAAAUCUACCGGAACUUUCCAUCAAGUCAAAUGUGAUAAAUUAUAAAUCCACCAAAGCUCGUGCAAUAGUGUUAUUUAUACCUGAGUAGCUGUUAAUUCGACCGCAAGGAUUUCAAAGAUAAUACUAAUUUGGAAAGCAACACUUCAGUAAUGAUUAUUGCAUAACUGAAAACAUCAUGUCAUGCAAGUUUUUCCCGCAACCUCAAUAUUGUUUGACUCUUUCGCACAUGAGCAACUGAACUGGCAACAUAUGCGUUGACUAUUUUCGUGCAUCGAAAAGACAGUCUGUUUUCAAGCAAGCCAUACUUAAUACCAUAAUCAGUCACAAUCUACUAAAGUGAAGGAUUCAGGACAGAUUAGAUACAAAUAUCUAAGAUACGAGUAUGUCGUUGUUUUAAGGAAAAUGUGAUAGGGGGAGCAGAAAUUUCCUCAAAACAAUAUUUCUUUCCCUCACAACUGGAUUUGAAAUGAAAUAAUAAAUUUCACAGUUAAAUUAAUACUGUCUUUGUCUUCGGCUUGAAACACAAGAGGUCCAAGAAGAGGCGGAAAUGUGUUAUUCGCAAUAGUCAUCAAUAGAGACCACUUAUGUCUAUUAUCUUUACCUUUUUUCGAAACACGUCAGAGCUUAACUUUAAAUGCACUCAAUCCAUUUCUUAUUUGUGAAAACCGGGCUCACUUCUAUCUAAAGAACGUUAGCUUGAUAAUCACACCUGGGGAAUACUUGUAGUUAUGGCCCCGGUUAUUCGAAGGUCGGAUUGGAUAACGCUAUACGUUUUGCUAUUACUUAUCCGCCAGAUAGCGAUCUAUCCGUUGGAUAGCGUUAUCCGCCCUUUAUACAACCGAGCCCCGUUUAAUAACAGUCUUGCAAGAACAUUAAGAGAUAUUUAAAUAAAGGUAAGGUCUUAUUUGUAAAAAUCUUCAUCAUCUAAGGUUAUUGCUUCAUUUAAUUUUUAUCUGCUUCCAUUAAACACCAAAAAGGUUUUGUUAUAAAUGCCAAAAGCCAAUAAUGAAAUUUAUACUGAAACCAUAGAGGUACGAGUUCAUCGACUUUUAUUCCUGAUGGCGUUUUUGUUGAAUUUGGUAUCGGUUGUUUGCCAAGAUACUUCUUUGUCACGUGGACAUCCUAUGCUUAAAUAGCACUGAAAUGGAAUUUGCAAAGGAAAUGAAGCUCGCUGCAAACGUCUAUAGAUGCAUAUGCAGAAAAUCUGACUAAGGAAACCAAUCCAAAGCAAAAAAAUGAUGCUAACUACGAAAGAGGCGGAUUUAUGCAUUCAAGCUUUUUCAUAAUACAUUUCGCCUCGCUUGUCACAAAAAAUUAGAAAUCGUUUGAAGAAUAAUUAUCGUCGACACAACUACCAGUCACACCUUUUUCAAACAAUUUUUACGUCUGACGUAUUUCAUUUGAGUGUUUAAAACCAGUUUUAUUCCAUGUGGCUUUGAUUUUAACUUGGCUUCUUCAUAUGGACUCUCUUUAUUUUAAGGCAUCCAAAAAUAUUUUUCUUUCUGUAAGACACCUGCGGCUACAAAUUUCAUUCACUCGAGUUCAUUAUUAUCAACUGUUUUGAGCGUCAAAAUUGUUUUCUUUCAGGCACAUUUUACAAUUACUACACCCGUUAGGUCUGCAUCCAAUAUAUCUUUAGUAGUUUAGGCUUAUGUUUCUUAUUGUAGAAUCGUGCAUUUAAAAUGUGAUAUACAGCUUUCUUUUAAAAAUAUGGAAGCCAUCUUAAGCAAUGAUUAAUUUGACAGUUAAAACGCUAUUUUUGCAUCGUUGACAUCAGUGUCCAAAAGUUUAAAUAUUGACUUAACUUCAAGCUUUAAAGCAUAUAAAACAUCGUACUUUUCUAAAUAUAAUUUGACAGGAUUACUUUUUUGCAUUAAAACGGGAAAAUGGAAUUUAUGAAAACUUUUCGAAAAUAAAAUAAUUUGUAAUGAAAAUUCUCGUGAUGCGGGUGACUCGGUGUAAGAAUCUGUCGAAAUUCAAAACGGUGUGAGUUAGCGAGAGUCGUAUAUCGCUUAAUUCCUCGAUACACAGAUUGCAUGCAUCGGGCGAGAAGACGUUUUUUAUUUCACGGGAACCCAGAUGACUCUGGUCCAUCGUUGGUCCACAUAACACCUCACCUUGUUAUUUCACCGUUAUUAAAGUUCGUGAAUUACGCAAACUGGUGGCAUUGAAGGUAAAUAUCUUAGAUAGGAUUGGUAGAUAAGACUGAUAGGUCUUCGACUCGAUUUGGACCAUAAGUUUCUAGAGGUAUCGACAUUUGAAAUCUCAUGCUCACAUGUACCUGUCUAUAAACAAAUGAAAAACAUCGUAAUACCCCAAAAAUUUUCAUGUUUUUAUUUUUCCCAAACCUCGAAUAUUGAAUAUGUUAACUUUAUUUUACUGAGAGGAUAGAAGAAACGAAACGCGUCUUUAAAAUCACCAAUAAUUUUCUUUUUUGUUUAAGAAGAAAGAGAUGGAAAAUCGCAGGAAGGAAACUCAUUUUCGGCAAAUUAUCGCUAACUUUACGCCUUUCUUUGUUUAUCAUGACAUUGUUCUAAAGCUUCUCUUUUUUAUUUUAUUUUUCAUCUUACUGCAUGUGUGGAAAACUUAAUGGCUUUUACCCACACAUAAAUAAUUUCACCUGCUGGCUGUCAAUUAUGUGUUUGACGAGCUGACCCAAAAGCAGAUAUCUAUAGUAUUCCCCAUGUCUCUGACUUCCUAAUUGUGCCGUUUUUUCCCCAUUAUGGCACUUACGCGUGUUGCAGUAAAUAACUUAAUGUAUAAUGAGGUUUUCAAAGCAAUUGACGGCUUUGGAUAAAAGCCUUAACCUCGAUAAUAUUAUGCACAAAGGCUUUUUGUGCGUAAUACCGCAAAUUUGAAACGAAGGCGUAACAUUGAUAUGGUAAUUUCAGAACCUCCUAACAAGUUUUCAAUUACUCUUCACCGCAACGCAAAAACAUCGCCGCUUUCCCUCCACUUUUAAUUUCCUUUAAAUUAAAAGCACUCAGGUAUUCAAAGUCUGGAGUGAGGCCUCGCCGAGAUUUUUUUUCAGGAACCGUCUAACAGUUCACCUUUUCUAUAUAUGUAUGCGUUUCUUAGAAACUGGACGAGUCCAACGAAAGAAGUAAUUACAUGAAGGUUUGACGGAAAGUUUUUUUUUUUUUUCCACAGAAGUUGGCAAAAUAAUUCCUAAUGUUUUUGUUGAUAUUGUUAUUUGGAGUUUUUAAGUACUCUCCUAAAAUUAAUGAAAACCGGUCCCAAAUUCAGAAUUUUUAUGACAUUUUGAAUUGCCAAUGAGAUCCUGUUAUGUAACAGAAUUUAAGCAUAAGAAGAAGUAGAAGUAGUGAUAGUUCAAUAAUUUCUUGGCUUUGCCAAAGCCAGCUGAAAGCACAUUUAUUUGCCUGGCUCUGAAUAUUUCCCAUAAUGAUUAUUAAUCAUACUGCACUAUGUUUACUGAUUCCCUUUUGAAUAUCUUUCAUUAAAAGUCAACUUUCCCAAUUUGUUAAUCGAACACCGAAACGCGUUCGUCUUUUCAAAUUUCGAUGCAGCCCUUCGCCAGACUUUAUCAAUUGUGUUUAGAGUCCGCCCCCUCUCUCUCCCCCACAGAUAACUGUAUAAUAACAUUCGCUCAAUCUGGCGUCACAGUCCAGGACUCAAAAUAUUCUGCAGUGUUAGAAAAAGAAUUACAUUGACGCGGUGUUUUUGUUCACAAUGGGGAGUUAUUUAUAAUCCUGGCAUAGCCACCCUUACAGAUCUUGUAGAACACAAAUUAAUAUGCCAAAAUUGCCGUUAUGUUCUUUAAUACACAAAAGUGGAGUCGAAGAAAAACCAUAUUUUAUCAAAAAUAUCUCAUAUGAAAAGAGCUAAUGAAGGAUUCUUUUAAAAAUUAUAAUUUUCUAGCCCAAAAUUUUAAUAAUCAAGCCCUUAAACUGCAUCUGCAACAAUUACAAAAUUUUGUUGGUCUAAAGAUUCACAGUAUAAUUUUUUUUUCACCACGUUUCAGUUUGGUAAAAAGGAUCUACUUGUAAUUGAAAACGUAAAGUAUUUUCCUAAAAGCCCUCUUGAUGACACAGACCCUUACAAAAAACAGUUAUUGCCAACCGCCAAGCGCAGUUCAAAAUUCAUAAUGGGUCCAUCUUUCGAACUUCUAGAUGGGAGCGAACCAAAAUUUGUCUAUAUGUUUCAAGCCGCCUUAUCUGAUCCAGGCGCAGUUCAAAAUUCAUAAUGGGUCCAUCUUCCGAACUUCUAGAUGGGAGCGAACCAAAAUUUGUCUAUAUGUUUCAAGCCGCCUUAUCUGAUUCAUUAACUAAAGAGAAUGUCUGAUUUUGGCUUAAGUAUCAGCUUUUAAUCAGUAACUUUGAUUCUACUACCCCACACUUACACUUACACUUGUUGGUGUAAAUUCUGCAAGCACACUAACUCAGAUGACGGCACGCUGUGUGGCAAUAGAUACAUCGUAAUGGGCGCUUUUCGGAAAUUGAGAAUAAAAACGUUUCGUGAGGGUAGCUGGCUAUCGCCAGGAGGGCAGAUCGCUACCUCAGUGAGAACUCCAGAACUUUUUGUCUAUAAAAAACUUUCUUCGAGUCCUUUGAGAAGGUCAAAAUCAUAUUUUCGUUACAUUCUUUUUAAGUGCAUGAUGUCCUCUUCGUGAAUAUUCUCAUGUAAGCGAAAUAGAAAACACAUUGAGAUAUGGUCUUGCAUUACACCCGUGCAGUAUGAAACAACAAGCUAGCAAACAGAUAACAUAUUAUUCUGACUUUUGCAUCUGUGAUUUUUUUGUUUUUUUUUUGUUUUGUUUUUUUUUGUUAGAUCUGAACGCAACUUGAAGUCUGGUAGCCUCAGGGGAGGUUUCUAACCAUAUCAUAUCUUGGCGGUGUUCACGAUGCAUGUUCCAACUCUGAGAUUGGUCCUAUGUCUAAUGGUUUGCUGCGAUUUAUGGCUUGCCAGCAGCCAAAAGCUCCAACUUGAUUCAAUCGAUCAAUCGGAAUUAGUGCGCAAAGCCCGUGAAAUUAGGCAACAUCGUCAAGUUCGCCAAACGCGUCAACUUCGUCAGGAACAAGAUAAAGAAACGAAAUGCAAAUUCAAAUUUGCCCUGCUGGAUUUUCCUCCUUACAUAAUGAACCAAAGUAUGAACAAAGGAUUUAUGUAUCAAACCCUAACAUGGUUUGUGGACAUGGCUUGCUUUGGCAGAGAAGCAACAGACCCCAUAGCUUGCAAAAUGGUACCAGUAUUUGUUCAAAAUCAAGACGAGAUGGUGAAAUUGAUUAAAAAUGGGUCAGUUGAUUUUGGUUUUCCAAUUCUAUCGGAUGCAAAACAAAAACUUACGGGUCUAGACAGUGUAACACUCAUCCGGGCAUUUGUAUCAUCCGGGUGUUCAAUGAUUGUGAACUUAAAGCAGUGCGAAGCAGAGUCACGGGAACAGUUAUUGACUUCCAUUACGUCUCAAUGGCCGAUAUUGGCUUGUAUCAUAUUGCUGUCAGGGAUAUCUGGAGUGAUCAUUUGGCUCUUGGUAAGAGUUAAGGCUUAUCGUCAAUCUAUACUCAGCUUCUAAAGCUCUUUAGUUUUAAUUCUACGUAAGGUUAUAUUCAAACUUAAUUGUUACGGCUUUAGCAUAAAAAUAGUACAAGGAGGAAUCGACGGCACCAUUUUUGAGUUAACGAUUAGUUAGGCACACCUUAUCAGUUCACCCAAAUAAAAAGCCAGACUGAAAAAAAGGAUCUCACAGUGAAUAAAGAGAAAACUGUAAUGCCCUACAAUUCUCGAAUCGUACAAAUAAUGUUUGUUUGUUCGUAGAUAAAAAGGACCCUUGCAAUGACGCAAACUAUUAAAUAAGAACAUUUUAUUCCAAGAUGUCACAAUUUCGGGUACAGUAAAACUGCUGCGAAUUUUGUGCGUUGUAGCAAGGCCUUAAGUAAGCUAGAAGUGUUUUCUAAUCAAUUUAUUUACUCCACACUAAACGGCACCUUUAUGUUAGGUUUUUUUUUAUAUAUAAUUUAUUAAACAGUUAUACCGAUUUUCAUGACAGGAACACCGUUCAAACGCGGCUCAGUUUUCACCCUCGUUCACGAUAGGAUCACCAGAAGGCUUUUGGUGGGCAGUGGUAUCACUUACAACAGUAGGGUAAGUUGAUUUAGAUUUGGGUAUUGGUGGGAUAUUUUUUUCACUGCGUUCUUUGAAUACGAUCAAAGAUAAGCAAUAUUGUAAAACCCAUUUUUGUCAAAGUUAAUACUUGCGUUGGGUUUGUCAAAAUCUCUACCAGGGUUCCGUUCUUCAAUUGGCUUCCAGUCUAACAAAUAACUAGUUUUUACGUGGUAUCGGGGUCUUUUUUCUCAUUAGGUACGGUGAUAAGACGCCUAAAACCCUCUGUGGACGUGCAUUUGGUAUAAUGUGGAUCCUGAUAGGAGCAAUAAUGUUGUCGCUGUUCACCGCCUUAUUUACAAAUGCUAUGCAAGCUUCCCUGGAUGGUACGAGAUGUAGGGACAUUGGUGGCAAAAAGGUUAGUAACCCUAACAUGAACACCUAAAACCCUUUGCACCCAAACAUCAUUAUGCCUCUUUCUCCAUACUUUUCUCUAUACAUUUCUUAAGGUGCUGGAAAAAAAUGUUUUUUUAACAAUCAAGAGCUUCUUUAAUUGGUGAUCAAAUUAGAUUCUCUACAUUUUUCAGUUUAUCUUAACCCAAGCUUCGAAAGGUUUUUUUUCCUGAAAAACGUCUAGUGCGAAUAAAUGAAAUCCUACCCUCAUCGAUCGAACUCAGGAACAACUCAAAUGCAACUCGGCCCUGUGUGCCCUGUGUGCCCUGAUUCACAGGGCCGAGUUGUUAAAAGCAGGGUUCAGAUAAUUCAGGAGUAAUGUGAAAUCUUAUUUAAGAUCUGAAAGUUGUAAAAGAAAAUCAACAGAACUCUUUUUUGUCUAUACUUAUUGGCUGCUCUUAAGAAAAAAAUAGAGAAAAUUAUUCGAAAGAGGUUUUUGAACAAAGGUAUGAAGAACACGUAUGAAAUUUACCCCGGAUUAGCACUAGUCAGACUUCGAACAACUGGGCCCUGAAUGACUGAGUGAGGCCGUGUUUAUGAUCUCUGGAAUAACUAAGAAUCAUGAGCUACCUGAGUCAGAGGUGAAGAAUGAAAUUCACAUUAAACAAUUUUAAUUGAUUGUCGAAAUGGAAAAUUGCUUUGGUUUGUACAACUUCGGCUAUCAUUGGCCCUUUCAACAACAAUGCCUUCCCUGUUCCUAUUAUCUAGGGUGGGUCUUUCCGGAACUACAACUUAAGUUUAAUUUCGUUGUACAGACUUUUCAUAUUCUUUCCACUAAGCCUUAAUAGAUUGUGCCAGUAAAAGUAGCAUGUUAUGCUAGUGGCAUUGCUCGAUCAGUUUUUUGAAAAUUAUACUACUUUUUCUUUAAGUGUGCUUUACCAAAAAAAAAAAAGAAACGAACGAAGUCCAAAUUAUGUAUUUGUUGUCAAUUAAGCAUGAAAUCCUCUUCAUUUUGAGAUAAAUAUUUGCUCCGACAAAAUAUAAUUAACCACUGGAUUCAAGACAAGAAGCAGUGACUUGUCGUGUCAAAAUGUAAGUUUCUCUUCGCCGCCAUUUUGUUGCCUGUGAAAGCGGGAAUUAUAAACGAUGCAAUCUUUACUACGGGUGUGCCCAGUCCUCUAGACAACGAACGAUUCUAUACUGCGAUAGCCCUCUUCUUCCAAGACAUUGAAAACCUGAAAAUAGACAUGAUCCAUGGACCGAAUUUGAAAAUAAUCGAUCUUGGAGACCAAACAAGUCAAGACUCUGAUAACGUUUCCUUUAAAAUAAGAAAAAAUAUCCUCAUUAGGCUUGCAGUACUACUUUCAUAAUUAAAAGCAAUAAUUGUGCUUGUUUUAACAAUUUAGGUAAAAAAUUUGGCCAGCGCAAUCUAUAAGGGCCCACCUGGCGUAUAAAAAUUUGUCUGACCCCAAUUUACUUGUUAGGUGGGUGUGUCCAACAAGAAUCCUGAAACGCAUAUAGUUGCUAAGGAGCUGGAUGCAGACUUUGUCCGUAAGUCAUUCUUUUCAGGUUUAUUUCAAUAUCCUUGUAUAAUGUGUUGCAUGACCGUUUUUCUUCAGGGACGAUUGCGAAAGUAAAGAAAUAACCUUAAAAAUAAUCAGUUUUUAAUUCCAAACAGUCAUAUUUCGUAUAUUUUUGUAUGAAAACUCUCAGGAGAAAUUUCUCCGCCUCUUUUUCUCCUUUUGUUCAUGUAAGAACUUGCGUUGGCUGACUAAUCAAAUAAAUUUUUGAUUAACAGAGUUCAAAAACCUGGACGAAAUGCAAAAAAAUCUUAGCCGAGGAACAAUUGGAAGAGUAAUGGUGGAUCGCAAUACUGCCUUUCACUUUCUGGAUAAAUCUGGUUUAAAACGAAACAGGCAGAUCCGAAUGAUUCGUAACAUUGAUUAUCCAAUGGAAUAUUACCUGGCUCACGUGAGCCAUGACGUAAUGGGGUCACCGAAUGACACGAACAAUUUUGAUGACGAAGUAUUGGAUAGAAAAACUCAGCUUUCGAUUUGCGGGGAAAGCCUGAAAGAGUUAUCAGCGGAUGUGGUUGCAGUUGCAAAAGACACUGCCAAAGAGCAACUUAUCCCUGCCGAAUUACAGGUAGUUAAUUGUUUUGUUGUGAAUUUUAUAUAUUUCACCAUGUGCCAUUCUUCUCGUUAUGUCUAACAUUUAUUCUGAUGCAAUCAACAGUUUGAAAAUUAUUUAUUUCUUGUAGACAGCGGAUUUGUCCGAUGAAAUGGAAGGGUUAUUCUCCACUGGCUCACAAAUGACCAAAUUUAUUUUAUUUGCCUUAUUGGGAAUAUUUGCCUUCCUAUUAGUCAUCGGCAAACUAUGGGAAGUCUACACCAACUGUAAGCCAACGGUACGCAAGAAGAGAAAAGGUAACUGCCUCUAAAUUAAAUUACCUUAGGUUCUUGCAGAGUAAAUAUAAAACAGAUAGCUCUAAGAAAACUGUUCUAUCUUAAUUAGUAUAAAUCGUAGUAUUGGUGCGAUUCUAUAUUUUUAAAUUCAACUGGCAAUCAAAGGCAGUGAGACAGUCACUUGUCCUUCAGUUAGUCAGUCUGUCAGUUAGUUAGUUAGCUAGUCAGUCAAUCAGUCUGCCUGUCUGUCAGUCUAGACAGUAGGUCAGUCAGUCCGUCAGUCAGUCAGUCAGUCCGUCAGUCAGUCAGUCAGUCGGUCGGUCAGUCAUCCAAUCAGUCAGUUAGUUAGUUGGUCAGCGUGUCCCUCAGAUUUUAAUCAGAAAUGCGGACACCUUCGUUACAUGAAACAGUUCAAUACAUAUUAGAAGAUCGGUCUGUCAGUCAAAUAAUAAGGAAUUACGUCAGUCUGUCUGUCAGUGAGAAAAUAGUCAUUCAAUAAAACGAUUAAUCAAAGAUCGACUAUGUGUGUACGGACAAACGAAAAAACAAAAGUAAUAUGUUCAGGGAUUAAUUUAGUGGUUCAUUUCUUUAAAUGUCCUCUACGAUCCGUCUUCUAGGACUGAUUCCUAGCAGCAGGAAGAUGUCAAUGAUGCAAAACUUCUUAGAUUUGGAGGAACGUCUAAAAGACAUAACGUCUGAUCUACAAAAGUUAAAAGAGGAAUUUGAAGGUGCCACGAACGGUUUGUCUCCUGUGGGCAGUCCUGAAUACUCAAGACCAAAAGAACGCUCAUUUUUUAAUAAUAUGCUUGAUCUGAAUGGAAAGAGUAAAAAUACUGAAACAAUACUAUAACACAUAAAAAUUAUUUGUCAUAAGUAGACUCAGAUGGCAUUCUACUCUUCUGAGAUUUCCAUGACCAGUGGCAUAUUUUUAGCUUGAGCAAAAAAAAGGUGAAUGCAUCACACUGAAAAGGACCUGUAACUGACUUCUUGUUUAUUACGAAUUGUAUUGAAUUCUUUUCCUUCCUUUUUCCUAUUCCCUUUUUAAUUUCUUUACUUUCGGUUUUUAGGCUAACAAACCAAUACGUUAAGUUCAGAGAAAGGUAGCAAGUGAAUCAAGAAGGUUUAUAAAUUUUUCUCAUUCCAUUGCAAUCAGUUUUGGCUGUCUACUGAUGAAAUAGCUUGUACUGUUAACUACAGACUCUACCUGGUCCGUCCUGACGGAUGAACAGAAUCGAGGGUUAAGAAUAAUUACUUCGGUAUUUGUUGUUCAGUGUGUAACUUCUGGGAUUGUUUGUUUACACUCUAUGGAAUUAAAUUUUCACAAGUGCUGGAAAAAAGCAGGCUUUUGAGAAUGGGUGGUGCAAAUUGGAAGUAUAAAUGAAGAAUUCCUUUCUUGUUUAAUUAAGGAAGAAGGAAGGAAUUUAAGGAAGAACUUAUCAUAUAAGGUAUAAUAUAACAAUAAUUGUUUCUUGACCUCUUUUCGCUUCGUUAGACGAAUGCAAAUGUAAUUUCAGGCUGGUCGCUUUCUCGAUUUCUUUCGCAGGAAGCACGAGAUUUUAUAACAUUUCAGGAGACUUUUGGAAUCACUAACUUUUAAGAUUAUGGAGGGCAGAUGCAAGCGGUCACCGAAGACUCUCGGUUAAAAGUUAAGCCUAGAGCAUGCAUAAUAAACUCUGGUUAUAGGAAAAUAACGGCCAGCCUAAUACCAUUGUUUAUUUACAGGCAAUAAACUCCAAUCCAGGUGAUGUCUCUCUGAGAAAUGCAUCCCUGUUUUGCACUUGAAUCUUGCACCGUAAUCGAUAAUUUUUUCGUGUAUCUAUAAAUAUAUUUUUUAAUUCAGGCAAGACUGUAUAUAGAAGCAUAUUUUUGUAACGUCAGAUAUGCCACAAGUGAAAGCUAAAUGAUGUUUACGACUUGUAAAGUAAUCAUAGGAAUCUUUACUUUUAGUGAUCAAGACCUAUACUGACUAAGGUAUAGUUAUAAUUCCAGGUGAAAAAAAAAAAAAAAAAAAAAAAAGCUUAGACGUUAGAUCAAAUAGUGUCCACAGCGAAUUAUUUUAGGGACCUUACUCGCACACUAGAUAAUUUGUUCCCUUGAAUAAGAAUUUUUUAGGCUCGCUCUUGUACCAUGAACAAAUUAAUCGCGUCGCGGCAAGCAACUACAGGAAUGGGCUGACAAAUUAGAAAAAAAAUGAUGAAGAAUCUUAAAUCUCGGCCAAAAAAUUAGUUACAAGAAAAGAAGGUUUGGUUUAGUUUAAGGUUUUGAUAUUCAGUCUUAUUUAAUCCUUGUUUGAAAAAAUUAAACAAAAUGUGAUGUCUCAGACUUCUAAAAAAUUAAAAAAGAAACUCAUAACCCCUAAAGUUUCGAUCAAAAAGUAAGAUAAUGAUAAUUGCUUGGCAAAAUUACUUCUGCAGACAUUUAAUUAGGCUGUUUAAAUUCUCUGCCAGGGGUUUCUGUGAGCCCCAAAGUUUUCCGUGUCUGUAUUUGCAUAAGCUUGAGUUUCAUGAUGACGUGACAAUAUAUAUACCUACCAGAGGAUGGAUAAUCUUCAUUGUAUAAGUGGUGUAAGGAAUCUUUAAUGAAGAAUUAAAGAUAUUGUAAAACUGUAGAAUAUUAGGGACAAUUUUGUAUAAAGUCUUUUAGUUUUAGUCAUUCACGGGCUUAGUUUGGACACUAUUUAGACUUCUUCCCCAACCCUCACCCCUGUGAAUCUUAUUUCAAGUAAUUGUAAAUAAACUGGUG